CGAUCAGAUGCUUGAUCCAGAUUCUCUUUUUCGAUGCCUCCAUCUCCAUAGUCUACGAUCUCCCUCGCUUAUGUGUUUUCAUUGCUGAUUUGAAACCCUAAGUCCUCUUCGAUGGCGACUACUUCCGAUAGUUCUUUGUUUUCAUCGCUGAUUACUCCUUCUUAUCCAUGUUGCAAACAACAACGUUUCCUCACUGAAGAUGGUCACACCACUCCUUUCCCUCCUCUUACUGCUUUCUUCUCCGUACAAGACCGCCAUAGCAAAAUCCUUCUCCCCUUCGCAAUUGCUUCCAUUGCAGCGAUUCGAAAGAAAGGAUAAUUGGAACACACUUCGGGUGUUUGUGACGAAAGAUUGCCAUCUCGAUUACAUAGCGAAGGAUGAACCUGCAAUGCUAUACAUCGCUUUUGUGUUGUUUAUGAGAAUGAUCAUGACGAGACAUUUGACUAUAACUGAGAUGGUAGAGCGUGCAAGGUGUCUGCUCACUAUGGAUUUCUGCAUACAAGAGCACAAGUAUGAGCAGAGUAAGAGCAACAAGCUGAUGGAAGUGUCUCAUUAAUUUCCUGUAUUAAUUUUAUUAAUGUUGUUUUAUUACUGAACUUGAUCAAAGAUAUUUGUAAUGGAUGAUUUAUACAAAUUAAAAGAAUCCAUUCAUGUAUUUUGGUGUAAUUUAUUUUAAUUUAUGACCAUAUUUUUUAGAUGGUUAAUGUUAAGAAAUCAUGUACGACCAAUUAUAUAAGAUUGUUUGAAUAUGGUG